CCGCGGCGCCUCCAGCGGCGGCUGCCCCGCGGCGCCUCCGGCGGCGGCCGCCGAGCGGAUGCCCCGCGGCGCCUCCGGCGGCGGCCGCCGAGGGGCUGCCCCGCGGCGCCUCCGCCUCCCGCGCCGACAGAGGCGCUUCGCAGCGCCGCGCUGGCAUGGCUUACUUGGCCGCGCUGGCGGCGCAGGCGCCGUCGUCGUCGUCGUCGUCCUCGUCCUCGGCCUCGUCGUUUCCGUCGUCGUCGUCGUCGUCGGCGACGUCGUCGUCUCCUUUGGAGUCGCCGACGACGGCGACGACGACGACGACGACGACGACGACGACGAGGACGGAGACGACGAAGACGUGCUCGACGCAAGGUUGCCCGAAAGUUUAAGGUUCAACGAUUGGCCGUUGUCACGAGGGUGAAUCAUUGCAGUUUGAAGGGUUCGCCGUUGUGGCAAGCGCCAAACGUUGAACCUUUAACGAUCAGGCCGCCCUGUUUCGCGGCAGUCUGGAGCAGGCUGCGCCCGAGCCUCGGGCUCGGCGACGAGCUGGGCGGCAAGGGCGGUCGUCCGCGUUGCCGAUCAGCACGAGGCUGGAGAUGGGCGCGCGCAUUGGCGCUUGGGUCGAGGAGCAAGCAGGAGCUGGCAUCCACUACACUCGCAUGCCGUGGGGUGCCCUCGCCACCAACAUGUUCAACCUGACGCCCUCCAAUGCCGUGGCGUGCCGGCUGAAGCGGGUCUACGCGGAGUGGGCCGGCAAGAGCAAGGCUGGGCGCCUGACCCCAGCAGGGGCGGGCGCGGAGGACCGGCAGCAGAGGAGGCGGCGGUCGGACGACCCGCAGGAACGCAGCCAGCUCCAGCGCAUGUCCUCGUUGAUUGGGUUCGGCGUGUUGUGCACGCCGAACCCAAUCAACGACACGGACACGCGUGUUGUGCACGAGGGAGUUCGAGUGGACUCUCUUCGGCCAGGCCUGGGCGACGGAGGGCGGCCGGGGAGGAGCGGCGGACGCCGCCGCCGCCCUGCACCGGCUCAUCAACCAGUGCGCCCCUGGCGGCGCGGACCUGUUCCGCAGACGGUGGCAGCCUCCCGCCCUGCUGGAGACGUGCGGCAUGGUGGCUCCGAAAGCGUUCGUGUACGCGAUCAUUUUGCUUAGCACGUGGCUUGGGCCAGAGGCGUACCCAGAGGGCGUGCACGAGUGGCCGCCUGCCAUCCCUGCCGCAGUCACUGCGGGGUAGUGCUAGUGUUUGCAGCUCGCCGCCCGAAUGUCCGCACAUUGGGCACUGAGCUGUCCGGCAGGGUAGGCGGCCG